UACGUGGCUGGUGCUUCGCCAACACAGGAUUUAGUAAAUCUCGCAUCAUCACAGCGUGGCUCUGUUUACUGUCGAGGGCGAUGCGAUGCCACAAAUGAAGGUCCGUGCGCAAUAUCGUUUAUCUUCCUCGAGAAAACUACCCCGGUGCAGCCGUUACGUCUUUACUUGCAGAUGUGGGGUGACGAUCCUCCGAUCCACACGGUUCAGUAUUGACAUAAUGAGACAGCGCGGCGGGAUUUACUGCCGCGGCCUUGACUCCCGCUGUGAACCGGGGGCCUGUGACCACUCGAUGCGUGAAGCGGAUGCACGCUUGGAGGCCCAAGGAAAAAAAAAAGCAGCCGGGUCUACCAUGGCUGUCAUAUUUCUUCGUGGCGGGUCACAUUGGCGACGACUGCUAAUGCUGCGACGGCGGCGCUGCCGCUGACGAAAGAGCGCGCGGCUGCAGCCUCGAGGCCGCGAUUCGGGACUUGACCCGCAUGGGUCGCUAUUUUGAGCCCUUCCUGGCGAGCGCCCGAAGACCUGCGCAGCCUCGUGACGUCACGACGGCAAGGAAUGAGCGCCGAGGCACCCUCCUCUCCCACCGCCAUCCUCGAAACCAGACACCAGAGCCUCCGCAGGACAGCCUCUCGGCUCCCCGCUGCCUCCUGUGGCAUGCUCAGUAGAAGAGAGUCGCGAGCUCCGGGUUGACGCUCGUAGAAUAACGGCGCCUUGCCUGCACAUAUUUUGUAAAGAAGCUCUUCUUGUGAAGCAGGCAACGUUUCAUCUGUGAUUGUGUCGAUUCUGUGAUUGACCGUCGGCCGUGGCCACCGGCAGCUCUGGCAAGAAGUUGUCCGUGCCCUCCUCGAGGAGGUGGUGACCGGAUUCGCGUACACCGUUUUGCCACUUUGUGCCGCGACAACGAACUUCGCUCUGCAUACGGGAAUAACUCGACAGAUGGACGUCCUCUAAGCGUGGCUUUGGCCAUGAGCGCGUCGCACGACGCUUCGUCGGCAGCGUGACCAUUGAUGCUGACCGCCCCGCGUCGCCUCGGCUGCAGCAGCCAGAAUGAACGCAGGUCCCACUCAGGCCAGAGCAACGAACGACUACGCCUAAAUAGCCGAAAUAUUUAAAACCGACUCGACUUGAGAACAUCGACACCAUGACUUCAGCGUGGAGCCAGCUAGACCAGCUGCUCACGUGUGCAAUCUGUCUCGACCGGUACCGGAACCCGAAGCUGCUACCAUGCCAGCACUCGUUCUGCGCCGACCCGUGCCUGGAAGGGCUGCAGGACUACGCGCGGCGGCAGAUCAAGUGCCCCGAGUGCCGCGCCGAGCACCGCAUCCCGUACAACGGCGUGCAGACGUUCCCCACCAACGUGACGCUGAUGCGGUUCCUGGAGCUGCACCGGGACAUUACGGGCGAAGAACCCGAGCCGCUGCCUUCGUCCAUGGAGCGCUGCCACGUGUGCAGCGAGAAGAGCUAUGUGACGCGCUGUUCGCAUUGCGAGAAGAAGGUCUGCGAGACGUGCAAGGAGGCGCACCUGGACAUAAUGCGCCGGGAGAUCAGCCGCAUCUGCAACCAAGUCCGCAGGUGCCUGAACCGGCUAAACGACCACCUCGCCCAGAACAGCAAGAACCAGGACAAGCUGUCGCAGAAUUGCGCGCUCGUGAAAGAGGAGCUGGACGACCUAAUCAAUCGUUACAUCAAAGACCUGCAGCUGGUACACAGUAAGCUCAAGAACGAGAUAGACGUGUACCUACAGCAGGAGCUCAAGCAGCUGUCGGCGCUUUCCGAAGAUGUUGAGACGGAAGUUAACAACAUUACAUCUAACUGCGACGUCGUCGAGAAGUACGUCAACGACGACACCGAAUGGACUGACUCGGAGCUCGUGGAGUACAAGGAGAUAUUCUCCAAGACUCUCGAAUUCCUGAGGAACUUCGAUCCGGACACGUCGGAUUUCACGAGGAGGGUCAAGCUCCAGAUCCACACGGACCCUGACGCAUUGCACCGCACGUUGGCCAGUCUGGGAGAGCUCAAGUUCAACACCCCAGUGAUGCAGUCUUCCUCGAGUCUCAACAUACCCCAGCUUAAUCUCGGCUCGUCCGGAGGCGGCACGGCCAACGCGCUGAUGCGCAGUCAGAGCGACCACCGACUCGCAGUGCAAUUCCAAAAGAAGCAGGACUCAACCCGGUCGAUGCUAGACAUUGGUCAGCGAUACGGCGGCCAUCUCAGUGACUCCGACCGAGAUGGCAGCUUUGAGGGUCCUUCUUCAAUGUACUCUAGAAAUCGCGGUAGAGACAAUAGUGAAAACUCUAUUCUUCGAAGGUACGGUCCUGAUCGCAGCAGGGACAACGAUAGUGCUGACAGCCGACUCUCCAACCGCUAUGGAAGUCGGUUCGAAGACAGAUCCUGGAGGGACGAAAGUACGGGUGGAAGUCAUCAUAAUUUCAGAUCUCGUUACGCGCGUGAGCUUAUGGACGACGACUCGGAAGGACUCAGCAGCCACACGAGGAACGUCCGCUUCGAGGAACCGCCGCCUCCGCGGGAGAAAGUGUUUGACACAGAUGACGCCACUCGCGGUCCGCUCAGCGGCGUCGUAAAGCUUAGUGAUUCGGCCAAAUUCAUGGAGCGCCUCCACGAAAACCAGAUCAGGCAGAAGCAGAAGCAGGCCGAGAAGGAGAGGCUGGAAAACGAGCCGCCUCCUGCUCCGGUGGUUCCCGUACCGCCACCCAGGAGGCCCCCGUCGAGGCAGCUCAGCGAGGACGAAGUCGAUAAGCAGAAGAAGGCGGCCAACCAAGCUGCGGCCGCAACCACCUCGGCGUCCGCCACGUCCCCUCCGCCGCCCCUGGACACGAGGCCGUCGCAGCUCCGACGACUCGUGCCCAAGGACGACGUCUCGUCGCGAGCGACGCCCCCUGACUCUCCGCGGACGCCAACGCCUCGCCAGGGUUCUAUCGAGAGCACGCCCACGCAGUCCCGGAGGAGUUCCACGGCUUCCGAAGACACGACUGCCAGCACGACGACGGCGACCAGCGACUCGAUGCGGUCGCGGCAGCGCCGUGGCAUCGAGGAGGAGCCGCCAUCGCGACGAGAGCUGUCAUCGCCGGCGCCCAAGCCUUCGACGCCCGCCAGGUGCACUCGCGCGCCGCUGGCCAAGGCCGUAUCUCUAGACCACGAGGAUCGCCGCCGACCGACGGAUGACAGGAAGAAAGACGAAGCGAUGACGAGGGCCGGAUCGCUUGGCGGCCCGUCUCCUGCCGCGCACCAGUCGUCGUUCUUCAGCCGCCUGAGGCCGCAGCAAGCGCAGAUCGGCGAAGAGGAAGACACCGAGUCGGAGGCGUCCACCGAGGAAGAGGACACUUCGGACGAGGAGGAGGAGGACGAUGAGGAAGACGAAGAAGAGGACGAGGAAGAGGAAGAGACGGUGACGGCGCAGCCCGAGAGACCCAAGACGCCCACGACGCCCACGCGCAAGAUCUCGGCGACGCAGCAGGCGCCAAAGAAGGAGGAGGACAUGACCUCGUCCGUGUCGGCGCUGCUCAACAGGAGCGCCCAGGCGCGGCGGGGCAGCCAAGACGUGCGCUCCUCGACACCCACGUCGGGCAGGCACUCGCAGUACGCGAGGGACAAGGAAGAAGAGAGCACCAGGAGCCGCUUGCACUCCUGGAGGGACACGCCGUCGUCGUCGGUGGACGACCCCACCAUGGUGUCCUCGUCCCGAUACGGCGGCACCUCCUUCCUGGCCAGCCGAAGGCGUGCCGCGGACGAAGACCCGCCGAGAGGAGAGGAGAGCGGUGCCGGAAGUCGCCUGCUGAGCCGCAGUCGGAGCUCGGCGCUCAUGGAUCAGCCGGAACCGCGAGCUGACCGGCGCAAGAGUCAGCAGGAGAACGCCACCACGACGGGUAGGUCGACAGCAGGGAACCCGACGUCAUCUUCGGCGGCAGCGCUGCGUAGGAGCCGACUGGCUCGCAGCAAGAGCUCCAACGAGGUGCUGCCCGGAGAAGGCGACAGCGGCGACGAGGCCAACCUGCCGUCGCCGUCGUACCGGAGUCGCUACGGUCAGCCGGAGGGCAAUGCUUCUUCUGCUGGCAGCAGCGCUCUGUCACGUUCGAAAAGCAGCCACGCGGUCAAGGACAGCUCUCCAGACACGGGGGACUACGGUGGCUCAUCCAUCGGCGGUGGGCCCGGGACGUCGUCCAGCUGGGCCCAGUACCUGCGCAACAAGUACGGCUCCCGCGGAGGCAGCGGUCCGGGUGCCUCGUCGGGGUACGGACCCAAGAGCGUAUCCCGGUCCCGCAGCUCGCACGCGGUCUACAGCCGCAGCGGCAGCGACGACAACAGCUCGGAGGACGAGGAGGUUCCCACCCGGGGUCGCGGCCUGGACGGCGGCAGCGCCUCGUCGCGUCACGAUGGACAGUACGGAAGCUACGGCUUCCCUCGAAGCAUGUACCUUCAAAAGCGCCGUAUGCAGCUCAAGAUCGGCACGCGAGGAACUGAACCCGGCUGUUUCACGUGGCCAAGGGGUGUCGCUGUCGGACCGGACAACUCGAUCGUGGUUGCCGACAGCAGCAACCAUCGGGUCCAGGUAUUCGACGCGUCCGGCCGCUUUCAGCACGAGUUUGGCACGUACGGCAGCUCCGAGGGCGAGUUCGACUGCCUGGCCGGCGUGGCGGUGAACCGCAUCGGCCAGUUCAUCGUGUCGGAUCGCUACAACCACCGCGUGCAGAUCUUCGACCCGUCGGGCCGCUUCCUGCGAGCGUUCGGCUGCGAGGGCCGCACGGACGCUCGCUUCAACUACCCUUGGGGCAUCACCACAGACUCGCUGGGAUUCAUCUACGUGUGCGACAAGGAGAACCACAGGGUCCAAGUAUUCCAGUCGGACGGCACGUUCGUGGGCAAGUUCGGCUCGCUGGGCUCGCGCCCGGGCCACCUGGAGCACCCGCACUACGUGGCCGUGUCGAACACGAACCGCGUCAUCGUGAGCGACUCGAACAACCACCGCAUCCAGAUCUUCGACGUGAACGGGCGCAGCCUCUCCACCUUCGGCUCCGAAGGAUCGGACGAAGGCCAGUUCAAGUUCCCGCGCGGCGUCGCCGUGGACGACCAGGGCUACAUCAUGGUGGGCGACUCGGGCAACAACCGCAUCCAGAUCUUCCAGCCGGACGGCUCCUUCCUGCGCGCCUUCGGCCAGUGGGGCUCCGGAGACGGCGAGUUCAAGGGACUCGAGGGCAUCGCCGUCAUGCCCAGCGGGAACAUCGUCGUUUGCGACCGCGAGAACCACCGCAUACAGGUCUUCUGAGCAAAACGCAGAUCGGAAGACGGAUCUACGCGCAGAUGUACUGCUGCGCAAUCGUCGCACGUCGUGGGGUGACGCUGGCCGCUUUUGGCGUCACGACUGGACCUGUUUCCGGACGGGAGGAGGGACCGGAUGGAGAACUGCCUCGCAAGGAGCAAACACGGAGCUCGCGGAUGGAAGUCGUACCUCCAUUGGCUCCAUAUUCGGCCAGAGAAUUCCUUUCGCCUCCCCCCUACCCAUUCUUUUGUUGUUGUUAUUUGGUGAUGGAAGCGAAUGCUGUGAUCAAAGACGUGAGUGUCUGGAGUGUAUACGUGGCGUCGCAGUACUAUAUAGAACAUUAAAUUCUAGAAAACAAAAAGAAAACAAUUAUAACAUUACAAGUCUGCGGGUAAUGUCUGCGAAUUGCAUCGCGUGGAGUGCGCCUUUGUAUUUAGCAACGGUUGUCGGUAUGGCCUUCAUAUCUGUCAACCUGUGCUCAAGGAUAAUAUAACAUGGAAGUCUAAAUGCAGUUACUGCUGAGGAGAUUAGUUCUACAGGCUAUUUCGUAGCACAUAUUCUUCUUACAUUGGCUAUACAUGUAUGUAGCUGUUUAUAGACAUCAAUGAUAUCUAUAUGUUAUAUCGAGUACGCUACCUGCCGUGUUGAAUCUUGUAACGCUGGAUUUGACUUAUUACGGCGCGUUUUAAAUAUUGUGUCUUAUCUUAAUUUGAUAAUAUUACACUGGUUGCCAAAACUGGGCUUUACCUAUUCUUUUUCUGAGUACACAAAAUUGCAACAGUGACUUCAUUCGCCUUUUGUGAAGUGAUCACCUUUAGAAGCUGACAAGUGUGAUCUGUCUGAGCGACUUUCCUUUUCGACUUUCUUGACGCCUGUUUCCUCCUUUUUACAACUAAAGAUGUUGUCUCCUCCAGUUUCGAGAUGUCACAGUGUUCCCAGAAACGUGCGCCGAAAGUGAGGACUUGGCUGUAUCGCAGUUGUUCCCACGUGGGUUCGCAACAGAAUGUCUGGGUUUGGCCGUGUGCGUUGUUUUUAGAGUGCAGUGCUGUGAGUUUUGUUUUGAUCAAUUCACGAUCUAUGCUGUCACCGCUUGCUUUCUAAGCACUGCAGCAGUAUUAACAAUUCGCCAUCAGCCCACGACACGAGCAUUUCCUCUGUAAAUCUAAACCAAAAGUCCCUGCAUGAACACAUAUUUACAUAAACAGCGAGUCACUUUUUUUUCCUCACAAACAUAUACGCUUUCUGGAAAGACAUAGCCCGGCACCGCGCAGCUUGGAGCAAACUUGUUCUGGGUGUACUAUGGAUCACGAACCGAAAAUUUUGUUUGUGAGAUCUUGAAUGGAGCGCGCAUUAAGUCUUCAGAUUCAUUUUCCUUUUCUUUCUGUUUUUGUUCGUCGGUCGGCGGCCCUGUGGUUUUUCUCUUUUGCAGAGCAUUUACGCAUGUAAUCAUCCCCUUGUCACAAACGCACAGAUAUAUUGUUUUGUUUGUUUGUUUUGUAUUGUACGUGCCUUUCUGUUCUUUUUUUUUCUUUACGUUCACCGCAACUGAGUUUGGUCGUCGACGAGGCUUCCCGUGCCGCAUAUCGUCGCUAUUGUCAACCGUGCCGAGCACGAUUUCGACGUAGCGGUAGCAAAACUGCUUCGAAUAAAGUAUUCUAGGUUUUACUUAAGGAGGUCAUAAAACGAACUUCUGAAGUGUCAGUCGUCGUAGCCGUCACAAGGACAGACGGGACAAAUAGAGGUUAAGCCAUUAGUAGGCCCAUUGAUAUGGGAGAGAGAGAGAGAGAAACAAAUUGCCCAGCCGCCGGUAUCUUGCUUAGAGCAGAGAUAAUUUUGCUCUUUAGCUAUAUAAUGUGAAAUAAAAAGUAAAAGUCGCUGCUGGUAACUAAAAUACUCGGCUUGACUGAAUGUUUAGUCAUCACGUAAAAACCUACGGCACGAGGAAGACAGUUGGACAUGACACAUAUCGGCUUCUUUGCCUGCCGACAAGGGGUCAUGUAGUGAAUGCUUCCUCGUGAAGACAGCAGCGACAGCGCCCGCGGUAAGAUGGCGUCUGCAACUUCACCCGCUCCAAAAGUCUAUUUUGUUGACCUCCUUAGUUUUCCUCAUUCCCUCCUCAUAGUCAUAAAGAAUAAAUAUAGUAAAUAAAGACGCGUUACCAUCCACUUCCUGGCAUCUCACGUCGCUAGGUUCGCGUAGUGUUAGCCUUAUCUAGUCCGCCCGCCUUUCGCAACUGACGAAUGCUGAAGUACCUCGUCCGAUUUAUUUGAGCUAGAGAGUAGGGCUAGCGACGUCAGACGCCAGGAAGUCAGCUAGCUUCUCCCGCAUGACCCUCUCCUCUAGCUCUUAGAAAGACGGGUAUCUCGGCGUUCGUCAUUUGUGAAAGGCACCAAAGAGAACGUGCGUGUGUGCGAGUGUAUAUUUUGGACGGCUCCUUUUCGAGCAAUUGAAAUAAAUAGAAGAGUGAGAGAGAGCUCUUUGUAUUUAUGCACCAGUGUGGGUGAGAGUGGGGCGAGUUUAUGUUGUGCGCGGAGAUCUUGCGGGAUGCUUUGAAAUCCGUUGCAGGCUCUCUCUCUCUCACAUUUUUCUUUUCCUUUCCGUCUUUCUGGCGCGACGCGCAGAAUCAGCGACCUGUUGUGGCGCUGGCAGAUUUUAUUGAUGGGACUGCAGAUUCGGAGAAAUUUUGACAAAUUGUUUCCUUUCCCAAAAAGAGAGAAAAAAGAAAAAGAAAAAAGAGGAACAAACUAGCGAAGUGUGCUCUAUCUUUUUGUGAUUGGGUUCUCGGUAUACCUAUUCUUUAAUGGUUCCUUGAUGUCUUUCGCGGCAACUACGGCGUUGUGAGUACGAAAAUAAAUUUGUUUCCUUUAUUCUCA